AUGUCAUUUAAAUUCAAACGAUUUUGUCGGUGGCGAUUAUGUCUUCUUUACAUUCCUUUGCUCUUCAUCUUAUACUUGAUUUUUAACAAUUUGUUUAUCUAUUCACCAUCGAAUCUCCGUUUUGUCGAACUGAACUCGUGUCCAGCAUGCUUUGGCGUCCGUCUUUGCCAUUUAUUCGGAACAAAUGCCGUGCAAUUAACAGGUUGGCAACGUUUUUCCAUAUUCAAUAGUGACCUAUUCAAUGUCAAAAAUAUCUACUAUGGAACAAUGAACAACAAGCGAGUAGUAUUCAAGAAAAUGGCUCAUCAAAGUGAAUGGGUUCUGUUCGAUGAUUGUCAACAAUCACCGUCAUGUUUUCAUUCGACAACAUCUUCUCUAGGCACACUUUUACCUUGUUCGAAUGAUACAUUUGUUUCCAAAUUUAAAAAUGCAUUUCUUCAAUCAACGGACCUCGAUCGACAUGAUAGCCAGAUUUCAUUUGCAACAACUGUCCAAAUGAACCUCGAACCGAUCGUAUUGUCAGGUUUAACUGAGAUUGACUUUCCAUUUCCGGUGUACUAUGGUGCAUGUGGCCGAGUAGGAGUUGUGAGCGAUGAAGGAUCAAAUUUUGUAUCAUAUCUUGACUCACCAUUUCACUUUCGUGCAUAUCUCGUUCGAGAAUUACUCAUUUCGAUGCAUCAAUUAACUGUUAGUAAUGCCGAAAUCAUUCUUUACUAUCCCGAUGUAAAUCUAGAAAAUUUCGUAUACAACAAAAAUGAACGACGUGUGAAGAUAAUUGAUCUCGAAUAUCUGAUUAUUGUCGAACGCGAUUUAUUUCGUAAUGAAGUCGACGCGCAAGAUGUCCGAAAUCACGCAAACAAAUUCUGCAAUACUUAUAUGCCUGAUUAUAAUAUUGAGCAAAUUUGUCGGUACAUUUUAUCACCAUCGCUCGACAUGAAAGGCAAAGAAAUGUCCAGCGAUUUUCUUCAUCAUAUUCCGCCGCAUAUCGACAAGCAAUUAAACUUAUCCCAAACGAUUUUGACGUGUGCACAAACAGAAUCGAAAGAAGAGAGAAUGGCCAUUUCUCAAAUGUCAAAGGAUAGACUUAAAGACCUACGACAAGCUACCUCAUGGCCUCAUGUUGCCUAUGAAGGACUUACAAGACAAUUUUCAAACCAUCAUGAACAGACUUCAGAGCAUAGUAUCAAAAGGCAAGGUACUAAGAUCAGUAUCGAUAAAGAAAGUGGAAUAAGUCAGUUUCUAAAUGAAGCUGAAGUCAUUCGAAAGAUUAUUGAGAGAAUUGAUGGAUUGACACAGCAAGUCAAACAAAUGCAUGUCGACAUGCUUCAACCAACGGCCAGUUCGAAAUUAGGACAAGAACUGGAUGAUAAAAACGAAGAGAUUAAGAACUUAUCAUACGACAUCGCAGCAAAAUUGAAAAAAUUAGAGCAAUCACAAACCCAUCAAACUGAUUACGACAUAACAAGUGCUCAAUGGCGUAUCAGAGAAUCACAAAUAUUUGCAUUAACAAGACAAUUUCGUGAUACAAUGAUCGAAUAUAACAAAGAAGCUGUCUUAUAUCGUGAACGAUGCAAAAAGAUUAUUGCUCGUGAACUUGAAAUAUCUGGAAAUCGCAGAAAUUACGAUGAGUUAGAUGCGAUGCUCGACACUGGUUACCCAGGAACAUUCAGUUUUCCUAUUAUGGUUCAAACACAAAAAGCACAACAAUCGUUAGAUGAAAUCGAAGCGCGUCAUCGUGAUAUAAUGAAACUCGAGAAAUCGAUCAAAGAACUACAUAAUAUGUUCCUUGACUUAGCUAUUCUUGUGAAUGAUCAGGGCGAAAUGGUCGAUUGUAUCGAACAUAAUAUAUCUAAAGCAGUGGACUAUGUUCAAGAUGCAGCAGAAAAUGUAUACAUUACUGAACAAUAUCGUAGGAAAGUGCUCAAAAAAAAGCUGAUCCUUGUGAUAAUCUUAUCGUUUAUUAUAUUUUCUGUGGUGUUUUUUAUACUUAUUGGUUAUUUCAUUCGGAAAAAAACACGAAUUGGAUAA